AUUCCAUAUGUUCAAACAUUCAAAUGUUUGUUGAAUGCUCAAAUGAUGCACGUGUUGAUGAUGCUCAAGAUCACGUGAUGAUGCCGCGGUAGUGCCAGGGGACCCCCUGCUUGCUAGCUCGUUGCACGGGCCGCGUCGCGUUGUCGUGCACCUGCCUGCCGGGCCAUACAUGGACAAUUUCCCCCAUCCAUCCAUCUCUCUAUCGAACUACAUUCAUACUGUCAAGGGCACCUCCUUGCCUACAGCCAUCGCUUCCUGCGCUGCUGUUACUGUCUUUUCACUCUUUUCAAACAUACACACACUCCACCUCUCUCAUCGCCAUUCCGCUCCACGAUAGAUAAUCAACAGCAAACAGCGGAGCCCAUGUUGCCUGCGCGAACCUACCUCUGAUCGAAUCACUACCGCCAUCAUGGAGGGACCGCUGUCCCCCGUGGCGACCAACGGCAGCAUACGCUCUGCCAGCCCAACUCCACCUGCCAUCGAUCCCCAACUCAUCGUCGAUUACCUGGAAAAAGUGCUCGAGGUCAAUCUCGGCGCCUCUCCAGCUGAUCUCCGCGCCCCUGGCAGUCUCCUCUCUUCGCCCAACAUCUCCGACACCCUGCAGCGAUGCUCCCGCUUUGCCCAGGGCGAGACGCAGACCGCCGUCUAUGUCUUGAAGGAUCGCGUUGACCAGGAGAACGCAGACCCCCUCAAUACCCCAAAUGGCCUCAAUCAACAUUUCACCUAUUCCCUUUCCUUUGAGCUUACAGCCUCACCCACGUGCGCGGCCUAUAUUGUCGUUUCCCGGCGUCCGAUACCCAUAGAUCCAGCGAUACCCCUCAACCAACAGGUCCAAAUUUCUUCUCUCCCCGGUUUUACAGAUUCUAAUAAUCCGUCUGCCCAUGACGCUUCUCCUUACGAGUUUCUACGUUCUAUUCUACGCCACUCCAUCGAGCCGUACUUUGAUACAUACACCAAGAGCCAGCGGAGCCUGGCGGGAAAUUAUACAAAGGGGGACAACGACGCCAGGACUGGCAUCUCGGCGACGAAGAAGAAGAUUAAUGAGCUCGAGUUGAGCCUGCACAAUCUGGGCCAGAAUGUUGAGAUUCCCGAAUUGCUUCUUCCUCUGCAUCCUGUUAUUCAAAAUGCGCUGGAGACGGCCGAAGAGCGCGGUCUCAAACCAUCGCCAGAAUUGCUCCCGGCUGCUGUCUUGACCGACAGUCAGUUUUUGAACGGACUACAAGCUACCGUGAACGGCUGGAUCAAGUCUAUCCGCAAGAUUACUCAGACCUCGAGAGACCCCAAAACCGGAACUGCCACCCAAGAGAUCAAUUUCUGGCUAUCCAUGGAAUCUAGGCUGGACGAUAUCGAAGCGCAGUUGAGUAGCUCUGGCGUACGGCUUACGCUCGAUGUCUUGAAGAAUGCAAAGCGGUUCCAGGCCACAGUCAGUUUCAGCGCGGAUACGGGUUUGAAGGAGGCUUCGGACAUGGUCGCCAAAUACAACCAAUUGAUGCGCGACUUUCCAAUUGAUGAGUUGCUUUCUGCCACUUCACUCCACAAAGUCCAGGAAGCAAUUCAGCAGAUCUUCAGCCACAUGAACAAGAAACUUCGCGUUUGCCCAUACCCGGUCGUUCGUGCGCUUCCCCUCGUCGAAGCCAUUUCCGGCGAUGUCGAUAAAUUGUUGCAUAAACUCAUCAUGGGGAAAGAGUUGAUGCAUAUGGACUUCCCGGAAUUUCAGUCCGUCAUGGAUGUUGCCGACAGUAUCUGGAGGACAUGGGAAGAAAACAUCAAGGAGUUUACUAACGUUGCACGUGAGGUGACGAGGCGGAGAAACGAGAAAUUCAUUCCCAUCAAAAUCACUGCCCGCCACCGACAAACCGAGGAGCGCCUGCGUUAUGUUACCACUUUCCGAAAGAACCAUGAGCAGCUACAACGAACAAUUGUGAAUGUCCUUGGCUCCCAAACCUCGCUUGCCUCUUUGGGCGAUUCAGAUGCGCAGGAGGCUGUUAUUGUCGAAGAGAUGGGUGAUGUCGACGCUGUCAAAGAGGUGGAAAAGGCUUACGACGUGCUGAAAGAUGUGGACGUACUGGACGUUACGACCGACGGUACCCGCCUAUUCGAGCAGGCAGAGCUCAAAUACAAUGAACGCACUUCACGCGUAGAAAAUUCGAUCAUAGCGAGACUUCGAGACCGCCUCGGCACCGCUAAGACAGCAAAUGAGAUGUUCCGUGUCUUCUCCAAAUUCAAUCCGCUCUUUGUUCGACCAAAGAUCCGAGGAGCCAUCUCCGAGUACCAGACCCAGCUGAUUGAGAAUGUCAAGCAAGACAUCGCAGCUUUGCACGAACGCUUCAAGCGGCAGUACGGCAACUCCGAGGCACAUGCGAUGGCGCAGCUUCGUGACUUCCCUCCAGUCUCCGGUGCUGUGAUAUGGGCGCGGCAGAUCGAAACACAACUAGAGAAUUAUAUGGGCAAAGUUGAGGAUAUUCUUGGGAAAGAAUGGGCGCUUCAUGCUGAAGGACAGAAACUCCAAUCAGAGAGCAGCAUGUUCAAGCGAAAGCUGGACACCAGGCCCAUUUUCGACUCCUGGUUGACAGAGGUUGCUAGACGCAACCUUUCUAUCUCAGGGCGCCUUUUCUUGGUCAGUAAGAACCGCUCAGCUGGCAACAUCCUCGAACUGCAUGUCAACUUCGAUGCCCAAGUCAUUGCCCUGUUUAAGGAAGUCCGAAACCUCACUUGGCGCGGUUACCAAGUACCUCAUGCGAUCAACAACAUCUCCAAGGAGGCAAAGCGCGUUUACCCCUACGCCGUUUCCCUCAUGGAAAGCGUGCGCACCUACACACAGACAAUCCGAUCAAUUUCUGAGAUGGCGGGUGUUGCCCUUUUGCUGAACGGUUAUUCGAAUGACGUCCAGGGGCUCGUUGUCAAAGGUGUUCCGCUGAAAUGGGAGUCUUUCGUGCAUGCCUAUGAUCUUCACAUCCGACAGACCACUUUCCCUACUGGCGCCAACGGCAGCGUACGGAGCGAGAGCAAGCACGUUCAAUUCGUUCGAGACUUUGCUGCUGCGACCUCAGUAUUACAAACCAAAGUUGCUACGCUGGUGGGGAUUAAUACGAUUGUCGAGAAAGCUUUGAAGGAUCUGGAGACGUGCUCGUACACCACCGAAGCAUUUGGCAAAAACUUGGAGAUCAUCCAGCGUUCAGUCGAUCAACUGAAUCUGGAAAACUACUCGAACCUUACCUCAUGGGUAGCGGACAUGAAUGCACGUAUCGAAUCCAUUCUCCUCGUCCGUUUGAACCGAGCUAUUCAACUAUGGAUUGAAGUUUUUGCUAAUGGCGAUGACUAUGAGGAAGAGCGCCGACCGAUCAGUCAACCUGCGCCUGCCGAAUCCGUUGAAGAGAAACCAACCUUGUCUCGACUCACGCUCGAAAUCACAAUGCGUAACCAGGUGAUCUACCUCAAUCCACCUGUAGAGUAUGCCCGUGCUAGCUGGUUGGAGCAACUCCAGCAAUGGCUCGCCAUCAUCUGCACUCUCCAGAAAGUCAAGGCGUCGCGAUACGAAAUGCGACUUGACGCUUCGGACGACGCAUCUACCAACCAGUUCUCCAAUCUGCCAAGCCGAUGCACUGAUGCAUUGAUGGAAGUGUAUGGCGCUGUGGAAGGCAGACUUCGCGAUAUAUCUGAGUACGUUGAUGCUUGGUUGCAGUUCCAGUCGUUGUGGGAUCUCAAGUCGGAUGAUGUCUAUAAGAUACUGGGCGAAGAUCUUGCGCGCUGGCUCCAAUUGUUGCAGGAGAUACGGAAGACACGUGGCACAUUUGAUACUUCUGAUAUCAGUCGUCGCUUUGGCUAUGUCACGGUGGACUACGAGCAGGUCCAGAACAAAGUCAAUGCUAAAUACGAUCAAUGGCAGCAGGAAAUCUUGGCCAAGUUCGCCUCUCGCCUCGGCCUACGUAUGUCUGAAGUGUUCACUCAAAUCGAGAAGGCGCGCAAAGACCUCGAAGUACAGACAUUGGAGGCUUCUUCCACCGCACAUGCCGUGUCCUUCAUCACUGUAGUGCAGCAAUGUAAAAGAAGGGUUCUUGAAUGGGAACCUGAAGUAGAUUCCUUCCGACAAGGACAGCAGACGCUCGAUCGCCAGCGUUUCCAAUUUCCACAAGAUUGGUUGCAUAUUGAACAAAUCGAUCAUGAAUGGCAAGCUCUCAACGAUGUUCUGGAGAGGAAGUCUAAGAUCGCAAAAGAUCAAGAAGACGCCUUGAAGGCUAAAAUCAGUGCUGAAGACAAGCUUGUUAGCAAGAAAGUAGCUGAUAUCACUGCUGAAUGGGCCGAGGAAAAGCCAGUUGCUGGCAACAUUCGUCCCCAUGAAGCCUCAGCCAUCCUUGACGGAUUUGACAAGAAGCUCAGUCAGCUCCAGUUGGAAUCCGAGAACUUGGCAAAGGCUAAGGAUGCGCUCAAUCUCCCAGCGACGCCAGAAAAUGCUCUUGAGGCCGUUCUCGAGGAGGUCCAAGACUUUAAGUCCGUGUGGUCAUCCCUUGCCACGAUCUGGAAGAGUAUUGAUGACCUCCGCGAUACUCUUUGGACAAGCAUCCAACCGCGCAAGCUUCGUGGGAGCAUCGACACUUUGCUCAAAAUGACAAAGGACAUGCCGAGCCGGAUGCGACAGUACCAGGCUUUCGAAUACGUCCAAAACACCUUGAAGCAGCUGCUCAAGGAGAACGUCAUAUUGGGCGAGCUUCGAUCAGAUGCUGUUAGGGAACGACAUUGGGUUCGCAUAUUCAAGAAUCUCAAGCCUCAGAAACGAUACUCAGCCAUUUCUAUGACUCUCGGCGAUGUCUGGGAUCUGAAGCUUGGGCCUAGCGAGAAAGUUAUUCGCGAUGUUAUUACUCAGGCACAGGGCGAAAUGGCUCUUGAAGAGUUUCUCAAGCAAGUUCGUGAGACGUGGCAGGAGUACACUCUCGAGCUUGUCAACUACCAGAACAAGUGUCGCUUGAUCCGCGGGUGGGAUGAUCUCUUUGCCAAGUGCAGCGAGAAUCUCAACUCGCUACAGGCGAUGAGGCACUCGCCAUACUACAAGGAAUUUGAGGAGGAGGCUUCCUCAUGGGAAGACAAACUCAACCGAGUGCACGUACUCUUCGACGUCUGGAUUGAUGUUCAGCGUCAAUGGGUCUACUUGGAAGGUGUGUUUACGGGCAAUGCUGAUAUCAAGCAUUUGUUGCCCAUGGAGUCUUCCAGAUUCCAGAACAUCAAUUCGGAGUUUUUAUCUGUUAUGAAGAAAGUCGCGCGACAGCCCUUUGUGAUGGAAGUGCUCAACAUCUCUGGCGUACAGAAGUCACUUGAGCGACUAGCCGAACUGCUCAACAAGAUUCAGAAAGCUCUAGGCGAAUAUCUCGAGCGUGAGCGUGUGUCAUUCCCCCGGUUCUAUUUCGUUGGUGACGAAGAUUUGCUUGAAAUUAUUGGAAAUAGCAACGAUACUCUUCGUAUUGCGAAGCAUCUCAAGAAGAUGUUUGCUGGUAUUUCUGGUCUUAUCACUGACGAGGACGGGAUCAUCAAGGGGUUCACGUCGAAGGAAGGGGAGGAAGUACUCCUGAGGAAAGACAUCUCGUUGAUCAAGACACCUCGUAUCAAUGAGUGGCUUGGAGCAUUGGAAAUGAAUAUGAAGACUACUCUCGCCGAGCUUACAUAUGAGGCCUAUCAGGAUUACGAGCAGCUAUUGGCCCCCGAAACUAUGGAUCCCGACGCUUUCAACGAUUACAUUACCAAGUAUCCUGCGCAAGUAGUUGUUUUGGGAACUCAAAUCGCUUGGUCUCAUUCCGUUGAGCAUUCACUUGCCGAAGGCGGCACAAGCCUACCACAACUAUAUGAAAAACAGGUCAACAUCUUGAAGCUUCUUGCCACGUCCGUGCUUGGAGACCUUGAAGCUACACACAGGAAGAAAUGCGAACAACUGAUCACCGAAUUCGUUCACCAGCGCGACACAAUCCAUAAGUUGCAGAAGCUUGGUGCCGACUCUCCAACCCAUCACAUGUGGCUUUUGACCAUGCGCUACAUGUACGAGCCUGGGAAUGACCUUUUGCAACGCUUGAGAAUCAAGAUGGCCAACGCCACCCUGGACUAUGGUUAUGAAUAUCUUGGUGUUACAGAGCGUCUGGUCCGAACCCCUCUUACCGACCGCUGUUUUCUUACCCUUACCCAGGCAAUGUGUCAGCGCCUGGGAGGUUCACCAUAUGGACCGGCAGGAACUGGUAAAACUGAGUCUGUCAAAGCUCUCGGUGUACAACUUGGACGAUUCACACUUGUCUUUUGCUGUGACGACACCUUUGACUUCCAAGCCAUGGGUCGCAUUUUCCUCGGUCUUUGCCAAGUAGGUGCUUGGGGCUGUUUCGAUGAGUUCAAUCGUCUCGAGGAGCGGAUCCUGUCCGCAGUUUCUCAGCAAGUUCAGAACAUCCAACUCGGUCUCCGGAAAGGCGUUGAAGACAAAAAAGCGCAGAUCGAGUUGAUCGGGCGGCAACUCCAUGUCAAUCAUAACACUGGUCUUUUCAUUACCAUGAAUCCUGGCUAUGCUGGCCGUUCGAAUUUGCCCGACAAUCUGAAGAAAUUGUUCCGAAGUGUUGCCAUGUCCAAACCUGACAAGGAGCUCAUCGCCGAGGUUAUGUUGUACUCACAGGGUUUCUCUCAGGCCAAGGAGCUUUCCAAGCAGGUUGUUCCAUUCUUCGACAAAUGUUCCAGUGGUUUAUCGAAACAGGCCCAUUACGAUUUCGGUCUCCGUGCUUUGAAGAGUGUGCUUGUGAGCUCUGGUGGCCUUAAACGAGCUCGUGUCGCCUUACAAGAAGCAGUGGCCGACGAAGCUGUGAUGGAGCCUCAAAUCAUCGUCCAGAGUCUUCGUGAGACUAUAGCGCCCAAGCUGAUUCGAUCCGACGCCGAAGUCAUGCGAACUAUUGAAGGCGAGGCCUUCCCCGGUGUUCAGUAUGUUCCUGCACCCCUCGACAAGCUCCAGGAGGCCAUACGUGCAUCCGCUGCGGAAUCCAAAUUCGAAGUCACAGACAACUGGAUGACAAAGCUGCUCCAGCUCUAUCAGAUCCAGAAUCUGCAUCAUGGUGUCAUGAUGGUCGGGUCAUCUGGGUCGGGUAAAUCUGCCGCUUGGAAAACCUUGUUAACUGCACUCCAAACUGUUGAAGGUGUCGAAGGCGUGUGCCAUGUUAUCGACCCCAAGGUCAUGAGCAAGGAAAUGCUUUACGGAACCCUCGAUAGCACCACUCGCGAAUGGACCGACGGUCUUUUUACCAGCAUCUUGCGAAAGAUCGUAGACAACCUCCGCGGCGAAGACAGCAAGCGUCACUGGAUUGUGUUUGAUGGUGACGUCGAUCCUGAGUGGGUUGAGAACUUGAACUCGGUUCUCGACGAUAACAAGCUUUUGACUCUACCCAACGGCGAACGUCUCAACCUGCCUUCAAAUGUGCGCAUCAUGUUUGAAGUCGAAACGCUCAAAUAUGCCACACUCGCCACUGUAUCCCGUUGUGGUAUGGUGUGGUUCAGUGAUGACACCGUUGAGGUUGACAUGAUGAUUAAGAAUUAUAUUGAGCAUCUCAAGACGGUGCCAUUCGAGGACAUUGAAGACGAUUCUGUUGCUCCAGGCCAGAUGUCACAGAAGACCCUGGCGACACAGAACCUGAUAGCUGAGUUCUUACAUAUCAAACUUACCCAGGACCGUUUCAUCGAGAAGGCCCUCAGCAUGGCAAAGAAGUUCAAUCACAUCAUGGAGUACACAGAUAUCCGUGCCUUGAACACGCUCUUCUCUCUACUCAACAAGGCAUGCCGCAAUGUUCUCGAGUACAACGUCCAGCAUCAAGACUUCCCGCUCGAAGAUGAGAAGAUGGAGGCUUAUAUCUCGAAAAAGCUGCUUCUAGCUCUGGUUUGGGCACUUGUAGGCGAUUGCCCACUCACCGAUCGCAAAGAGUUUGGUGAUCUCGUUGCAAGUCUGACGGAUGUGGAACUGCCACCACUCAACCAGUCCAACUCUCUCAUCGACUUUGAUGUUCAACCUGACAAGUCUGACUGGGAUCUGUGGCAAAAUCAGGUCCCCACCAUGGACAUCAAUACUCACUCAGUCACUCAGACCGAUGUUGUCAUUCCAACUCUUGACACCGUGCGCCACGAAGACGUUUUGUACUCUUGGCUUGCUGAACACAAGCCGCUGCUUCUUUGCGGCCCUCCUGGUUCGGGUAAAACCAUGACUCUGUUCAGCGCACUGCGAAAAUUGCCAAACAUGCAGGUCGUCGGUCUCAACUUCUCUAGCGCCACUACACCAGAUCUAUUGAUCAAGACGUUCGAGCAGUACUGCGAGUACAAGAAGACGCUCAAUGGUGUUCAACUCACACCCACCCAAGUUGGACGUUGGCUUAUCAUCUUCUGUGACGAAAUUAACUUGCCAGCUCCUGACAAAUAUGGGACACAACGCGCCAUCGCCUUUCUGCGACAACUUGUUGAGCAGAAUGGCUUCUGGAGAACCUCCGAUAAAACUUGGGUCACUCUUGACCGCAUACAAUUCGUCGGUGCCUGUAAUCCGCCCACGGACGCUGGUCGUACGCCGAUGGGCCUGCGUUUCCUGCGUCACGCCCCACUCGUCAUGGUUGAUUACCCUGGCGAACAGUCGCUGCUUCAGAUUUACGGCACAUUCAAUAAUGCUGUUCUCAAGAUUAUCCCUACCUUGCGCGGCUAUGCCGAGGCCCUGACGAAAGCUAUGGUACAACUUUACCUCGAAUCACAAAAGAAAUUCACCCCAGACAUUCAACCCCAUUACGUUUACUCGCCGCGUGAGUUGACAAGAUGGGUUCGGGGUAUUUAUGAGGCUUUGCGCCCUCUUGAAACUCUCCCCGUGGAAGGCUUGGUACGGAUCUGGGCACACGAGGCCCUUCGCUUGUUCCAAGAUCGUCUUAUUGCUGAAGACGAACGGAAGUGGACUGAAGAAUGCGUGCAUCGCGUGGCCUUGGAGAACUUCCCGACGAUCGACGAAGACAAAGCACUUGCUGGACCUAUCUUGUUCUCCAAUUGGCUAUCCAAGAAUUAUGUGCCUGUCGAACGUGAUCAGUUACGUGACUUUGUCAAAGCACGUCUGAAGACCUUCUGCGAAGAAGAGGUCGACGUCCCUCUGAUUUUAUUCAAUGACGUGCUCGAGCAUGUCCUCCGUAUCGACCGUGUCUUCCGCCAGCCACAGGGCCAUCUUAUUCUGAUCGGUGUCAGCGGCUCGGGAAAGACAACGCUAUCACGUUUUGUUGCCUGGAUGAAUGGCUUGAAGGUUUAUCAAAUCAAGGUUCAUGGCAAAUAUUCUGGUGAAGACUUUGACGAAGACUUGCGAAACGUGCUUAGGCGUUGUGGAUGCAAGGGCGAGAAGAUCUGUUUCAUUAUGGAUGAAGCAAACGUGCUCGACUCUGGUUUCCUGGAACGCAUGAACACCCUCCUUGCUAACGCUGAGGUGCCUGGUCUUUUUGAAGGCGAUGAGUACGCUUCGCUGAUGACUGCAAUCAAGGAAGGCGCCCAGCGACAAGGUACGAUUCUGGACUCACAGGAAGAGCUGUAUAAGUGGUUCACAGAACAAAUCGUAAAGAAUUUGCACGUGGUGUUCACGAUGAACCCGCCCGAGGAAGGCCUAUCAUCCAAGGCCGCUACCAGUCCAGCUUUGUUCAAUCGUUGCGUACUGAAUUGGUUCGGUGACUGGUCUGAUCAAGCACUCUAUCAAGUCGGCUCGGAGCUCACUCAAUCAAUCGAUUUAGACAGACCCAACUACAACGCACCCGACAGCAUUCCUGUCGCCUAUCGUGGCCUUAGUCUGCCGCCAUCCCACCGUGAAAGCGUGGUUAACGCCAUGGUCUACAUUCACCACUCUUUGCACGGCUUCAACAACAAGUUGAUGAAACAACAGAAUAGAAAGACACAUUUAACACCUCGCCACUUCCUGGACUUCGUUGCACAGUACGUCAAGCUAUACAACGAGAAGCGUGAGGAUCUGGAAGAGCAGCAGCGCCAUCUUAAUGUUGGUCUGGAGAAGCUACAUGAAACAGUCGACAAGGUGCAGGAGCUCAGAGUAAGCUUGGCUGAAAAGAAGACGCAGCUGGAGAAGAAGAAUGCCGAGGCGAACGCCAAGUUGCAGCAGAUGAUGAAAGAUCAAAGCGAGGCAGAGAAAAAGCAGGAGAGCUCAAUAAAGAUCAAAGCUCAACUUGCGAUUGAUGAGGCUGAGAUCCAAAAGCGACAAGAGGUUGUUAUGACCGACCUGGCGGCCGCUGAACCUGCUGUCGCGGAGGCGCAAAAGAGUGUGCAGAGCAUCAAGCGCCAGCAUCUCACAGAAGUCAGAUCGAUGGGCAAACCUCCAAUGAGUGUCAAGCUCACGCUUGAGGCAGUUUGUACACUACUCGGACACAAAGUCACUGACUGGAAAGUUAUCCAGUCCAUCAUCAGGCGCGACGACUUCAUUGCCAGUAUCGUUCAAUUUGACAACGCAAAACAGAUGACUGCAGGCCAUCGACGGAAGAUGCAGACCGAAUAUCUUUCCCGAGAAGAAUUCACCUUUGAGAAAGUAAACCACGCCUCCAAGGCAUGUGGUCCGCUUGUACAGUGGGUUCAAGCCCAAGUUAUCUACUCCGACAUUCUUGAUCGCGUGGGCCCACUAAGACAGGAGGUGGAGAACCUAGAGUCAGCAGCACAGCAAACCAAGGAUGAAGCUCAAGAGACCGAGGAUCUUAUCAUGAAUCUUGAAAAGAGUAUCGGCCAAUACAAGGAGGAAUAUGCAGCGCUUAUCAGCGAGACUGAAAAGAUCAAGACAGAGAUGACGACAGUUGAAUCCAAAGUUACACGAAGUUUGAAGUUGCUUGACAGUCUAUCGUCAGAGCGCGUUCGCUGGGAGGAGAGUAGCCGUUCUUUUGAUUCCCAAAUCGACACCAUCGUUGGUGAUGUCAUUGUCGCGGCCGCCUUCAUCGCUUAUAGCGGAUACUACGACCAACAAUUCAGAAAGUUGAUGACGGAGGACUGGCUUCAUCAUCUCUCGCUAUCCGGCAUCACGUACAAGACGCCGAAUCCUUUCACGGAGUAUCUUUCCACGGCCGACGAGAGGCUUACCUGGCAGCAUAACGGCCUGCCCGUCGACGAUCUUUGCACGGAGAAUGCGAUAAUCUUGAAGCGCUUCAACAGAUACCCACUUAUCAUCGAUCCUUCAGGCAGAACCGCAGAAUUUUUGCAGAACGAAUGCAAAGAUCGCCGUUUGACUGUAACCAGCUUCCUCGAUGAUUCGUUCACGAAGCAACUCGAGAGUUCUCUACGUUUCGGUAACCCAAUCUUGAUCCAGGAUGCUGAAUACCUGGAUCCAAUCCUCAAUCACGUUCUCAACAAGGAAUACCAGAAAACUGGUGGGCGUGUGCUUAUCCAACUUGGUAAACAAGAGAUCGAUUUCUCACCUACUUUCCGGCUCUAUCUAUCUACCCGCGAUCCUUCAGCCAAUUUCGCACCGGACAUUUGCUCUCGUACCACCUUUGCCAACUUUACCGUCACGCAGAGCAGUCUACAAACACAGACACUCAACGAAGUGCUCAAAUCUGAGCGACCUGAUGUUGAUGAACGCCGUUCCAAUCUUAUCAAGAUGCAGGGAGAGUUCAGUGUUCAUCUCCGCCAGCUUGAAAAGCGCCUCCUUCAAGCCCUUAAUGAGUCUCGUGGAAACAUUCUUGACGACGAUCACGUCAUUAAGACUCUGGAAACCCUGAAGAAGGAGGCGGCUGAAAUUUCCGCCAAAGUCUCUGAGACUGCUGGUGUUAUGACUGAGGUGGAAACCAUCACGAAGGAAUACACUGUCGUUGCCCGUUCCUGCUCGGCAAUCUUUGCGGUACUCGAACAGCUUCACCAUCUCAACCACUUUUAUCAAUUCUCGCUGCAGUACUUCACACAGAUAUUUGAGACUGUGCUACAGAGCGUCAGAAAUUCGGGUAUCUCGGGGCAUGCUGCUCGCAUUGAUCAAAUCAUCACAGAAAUGUUUAUCAACACGUAUCGCCGGACGUCACUCUCACUUCUUCAGAAAGACCGCGUUACGCUAGCAAUGCUACUCGUGCAGGCCUCGCCCUACAAAAUGGACAAGUCUCUCAUCGACACAAUCCUGGACAAUGACCUGGAAGGCAUAGAUGUAUCCACUCAGCCUGAGCUCAAGGAAGCGGUCAUGGUCCGCGCUGGCAAGAUACCAGUCCUCAAGGGCGAGAUUGAGAAGAUUGAGGAUAGCGCGUGGGAUGCAUUUCUCAAUGAAGAGUUGGGCGAACAUCAUGUGCCGACCGCAUGGCCCGAGAAUGUCGAAAAAUUCGACCAACACCUUCGAUCACUCAUUCUCGUCAAACUGUUCCGCAUUGACCGAUUUGUCCCUGCUGUGGAGCGUUUUGUUACUGUCGUGCUGGGCAAAGAUAUCCUGGAUGCAAGUGGUGACUUGGGUGACAUCGUCAAACAAGUCAAUGCUGUCACCCCCGUCGCACUCAGUUCCAGCCCUGGUUUCGAUGCUAGUUACAAGGUCGACAAUCUGGUGGAGAGGGAGCGCGUUACUUGCUCGAACAUCGCCAUGGGCUCCGCAGAAGGUGCCGCUUCUGCUGAUAAAGCUAUCAGCAAUGCUGCGACGACUGGCAACUGGGUACUCAUCAAGAACGUACAUCUGGCUCCCCAGUGGCUCCAGUCUUUGGAAAAGAGACUCGAAGGUCUGAAGCCUAACCCUGAUUUCCGUCUAUUCCUAUCGAUGGAAUCUAGUCCAAAGAUUCCAGUGAACCUUCUUCGCGCGUCUCGCGUGCUGUCCUAUGAGCAACCCGCUGGUAUACGAGCCAAUAUGAAAGAUUCUAUGUCUUCACUAGCCGAGAAAGCGAACAAGCAACCAGUCGAGAAGGCCCGUGUCUAUCUCUGUUUGUCGUUCUUCCAUGCAGUGGUUCAAGAACGUCUGCGAUACGCCCCGAGCUUGGGAUGGAAAGGCUUUUGGGAGUUCAAUGACAGUGAUUACGAAUGCGCUAGCUUCAUCAUUGAUACAUGGAUCGACUGGGUCGCUCAAGGCCGGUCAAACGUGGCUCCCAACAAGAUCCCGUGGGACAUGAUCCGCACUCUCAUCACGGAAAUGUACGGCGGCAAGAUUGACGACGAAUCCGAUUACCGCACCCUCGCUGCCAUUGUUGAGCAAUGCAUGACGCCCAUCGCCUUCGAGGAAAGCUUCAAGAUCGUCAAGGAUACAGAGCACAGCGCUGGUCUGGAACUGCCUUCGGCCACUGGCUGGAAAGACUUCACCAAGUGGGUCAAUGGUUUGCCAGAGCGCGAACCUCCCACGUAUCUGGGCUUGCCAGCGAACGCAGAAAAGCUGCUACUGGUUGGACAAGCUAACACCAUGGUGGGCAAGCUGAGAAAGGUUGUGGAGAUGUUGGAUAUUGCGGAGGUUAUUGAGUAA